CUGAAGAAGUUUUUCUGUUGAGAAUUGUUGAGAAAACAGCAUUAGAAGUUGGUGUUGGGUGUAUCCAGAAUAAAAACUAGUGAGCUACCAUAUUACGAAAAUCUAAAAGCUGGCAGGAAAAAACGUUCAACGCUAAAACAGAAAGUGUAAAAUAUUUGGAAUCGGUUCAUCAGAACAUGCUGAGAGUUUUGACUAAACACUUUUCUACCGAAAGUUGUAAAAUUCCUUUAUCCAGAAUCGUAAUAAAUAGUUUACAAAAGUUAUCGACUGGACCUAGUACAGAAAAUGUAGUAGUGAAGAAGGGGGUAAUUGCUAAAAAAAUUCCGAAGCGCGUAUUUUUGAAAGAAGAUAAAGAAUAUGCUUGGUGCUCUUGCGGCUUCAGUAGAAAACAGCCUUUUUGUGACGGCUCUCAUAAAACGAGUCCCACCGAAUUAAAACCUAUAUUAUUCAAGCCGGAGAAAAGUGGAAAUUAUUUUUUGUGUAGAUGCAAGCAGACUAACAAUAGACCCUACUGUGAUCUCACUCACAUCAAGACCUUUAUUCCUGCGGCCUUAAGAGAUGCAUUGAAGAUAAAACUAUAAUUUUGGUAAUUAUAAUAGUAAAUUAUCUUUUGCAAGUUUGAUCGAAUACUUUCGGUAACCAUCGUACCGAAUCAUACUAAGAUUUGUUUAGUACCUGAUAGCAGAUGAUUUUUUUUCAAGAAAAUGCCAACAUUUUUCAGCAAGCAGCUAUUUUAGAGAUAUUAAACUGUUUAAAACAAUUUAUUUCCGUAUUGUUAACCUCAAUAAAGUUUUAGUUAACAAUUACAGA